GUGCCAACAAUGAAUUAUGUUUUCAUAUUUUAUUAACAAAGAUAUUUACAUCAGAGAAUGUUGACAUUGCGUCAGCGAAUGAGAAUUUCCAGAAUUACUGAAGGAGAUUUUCUACGCUUCCUAACAAAAUCCACAUCAAGUUCAGUUAUGUAAUCAUUCGUUUAGGAUAUUUAUCCAUUCUUUAUCUUCUAUAUUCAAUGCUCUAGUAAUACCAUACUUCAGCAUCUGGGCUGUGGCGUGGGAGCGGAGAACCCAGAGCAUCUGGGCUGUGGUGUGGGGUCGGAGAAUCGACCCGAAUACUACCGUGCCAUCGAUAUUUAACCCAAAUGCAGCUACAUACAUCUGGAGUAGUGGUACACCGGAUAUUGAAUAA